AUGAAGUUCAGCAUUGAAUCUACUGCUUCUUAUAACAGUAUACAUCCAGAAUAUCAUUACACUGAACAAUUCGCCAAUAAUGCUGAAACGUAUCAAGAGGGUACCAAAUGGUAUGGAGUAUUUUUGGCAUUUUUAUCAGGUACAUUUUUUACAAUUAGUUCUGCAUUAGUCAAAGCAGUAGAAAACGUACAUCCUAUGAUAUUAUUGGCUAUCAGAUCUGUUCUACAAAUGUUAGUUAUGGCUACUGUAGCACUUAAAGUUUCCAAAAAUCUUUUUGGACCCAAAGGGCAAAGAAUGCUCUUACAUUUGCAAGGAAUAGUAGGUGGUGCAACUUUAUCAUUAUUAUAUUAUAGUUUUCGAAAAUUACCUAUAGGAGAUGCUACAACAAUCAUAUUUAGUUCUCCAGUGAUUGUUAUUGCACUAUCUUUCAUUUUGUUAAAAGAACCUUGUGGAAUAUUACGUGUGAUAGUUAUGUGUGCACUCUUUACAGGUGUUGUUUUUGUAUCUAAACCACCAUUUCUAUUUCAGACAUAUAGAGCUGAAUCGUACAAUGUGAUGGGAUAUGUAUGUGCUAUCUUAGCAACUCUGUUUACAGCUCUUAACAUAGUUAUUAUGAGGAAGUGUUCGAAAAUCCAUUAUUCAACAAUAAUCUUCAACCUAUCUUGGUAUUCACUCAUUACAGCAAUAUUUUUCUUCUUCCUUGUGUCAGAUAAUCACGAACAAAAAUCAAAGUUGCCACAUGAUUGGAUUACCUGGAGUAAAAUAUUGUUAGUAGCACUAACUGGAUUAUCAGGUCAAAUUUUAGUAACUAAUGCAUUAAAGAUAGAAGGUGCUGGAAAAGUAUCAGUGACUAGAUCUUUAGAUAUUAUUUUAGCUUAUAUUGUACAAAUAUAUUUUUUUGGAGAUCAGCCUACAUCAACCAGUAUCAUUGGAGCAUUUCUAAUCAUAGUCUCUGUUAUAUGUAUGGGAUUUGAGAAAGAAAUUUAUAAUGUUUGUGAUUUUAUUCCCUAAUUAAAGAUACAGUACCUUAAAUUAUAUACCUGCUCUUAGCAUAAACAUAGAUAAUAUUAUACAUAUUUUUAUGAAUGGUGAAAACAUUGUUGUUAUACUAUUAUUAUGAUUUCCAUAAUAUAAAGUUUUAAAACUUUAUACAGUAUAAUAUUAAAUUAUAUAUAACUACCAUUCAUUUACAUAAUUUUUUCAACCGCAUUAAUUUGUAUAUUUUGUAUAAGUUUUAAUUCAAAAUAAAAACAAAAGCAGCAAGUA